AUCGGUGGGCGACGGCCCGUUACCGAUAAAAGAAUCGAGGCCGAUAUCUCGUUCGUUCCUUCUAUAAAACCUAUUUUAUUUAGCUGCGGCGCCUCCUCUUUCUCUAGCCGACCGACCCGAUUUCUUCUCUUUGUGCUCUCUCAAGAGAAGAGGAGGAGGAGGCGGAGGAAUCGAAGAGGGAUGGCGGCGGAAGUGGAGGCGGCGGAGGAAGUGGUGGCAGCGAGCGGUGGGGAGGGCGAGGGAGGGCAGAAGGUGCCGCAUCGGCUGGAGCGGAAGUGGACGUUCUGGUUCGACAACCAGUCCAAACCCAAGCAGGGCGCCGCCUGGGGAACCUCCCUCCGAAAGGUCUACACCUUCGACACCGUCGAGGAAUUCUGGUGCUUGUAUGAUCAGAUAUUUCGUCCCAGCAAGUUGCCAGCAAAUGCUGAUUUCCAUUGUUUCAAAACCGGGAUAGAACCCAAGUGGGAAGAUCCUGAAUGUGCAAAUGGGGGCAAGUGGUCUGUAACAUGUGGGAGAAAGGGCACUCUUGACAACAUGUGGUUAGACACGUUGAUGGCUUUAAUUGGAGAGCAGUUUGAUGAGAGUGAGGAAAUCUGUGGUGUUGUAGCUAGUGUGCGCCAGAGGCAGGACAAGCUUGCACUAUGGACUAAGACAGCAACCAAUGAAGCUGUUCAGAUGAGCAUUGGGAAGAAAUGGAAGGAAGUCAUUGACUGCAAUGAUAAGAUUGUGUACAGCUUCCACGACGACUCAAGAAGAGAAAAAUCAAGCAGAGGUGGUCGGUACAGUGUGUGAUUGCUGCAGAUGACUUAUCAACUCCCAUUUUUUGGGAGUUAUGCAGGUACUUACUCUUUCGAGAGAGGGGUUUGAAUCCUACUGAAGAACAACCUGUUUUCUGUAUCCGGAUAUUGUAUGUGCUAUGGAUCCCAAACAAAAGUCGUCUACAACUUUAUGAUAUUUCUAGUUUUGACUUACCUGUAUUUCCAUUUA